GACGCAUUAGUGUAGAGACAGUUUGUUGGUUCGAGCUAGCUGGACUUGCAGAUGCGCUACUUUGAAAGGGAUUGAAAUUUACAGCUUAAACAGAGUUUUAAUGGCAAAUAAUGGUCCAGCGACGAGGGUUACUGUAAAAUGGAAACUGUUUUUGUGUGUUGUUGUCGAGCGUGAAGUGUGCAAUUAGACAAUUGAAUUUGUUUAAAUGUGACGGGAAAAAGCGCACUACACCAACGGCGAAGGCGAGCGAAUCGAUUUCCAAACAAUAAUAAACUACGAAACUUAAUUUAAAGUCGCUCGGAAAUCCGGAAAUCGGGAAUUUCGAGAAGUGCCCCCAUCCAAUACAUAUACAUACAUAUAUAAGAGAAGAGCGUGCGAAAACAGAAACCCAAACAACGGAUAAGGAGAGACGAGUGGCGGGGUCAGGAAAAGCUAGCCAGCCAGUCAGCAGCGCUUUUAGUCAAAUACUUUUUGGCCACUUUUCCACGCCAGCUGGAAAGAGGCGGGCGAGGGCGGUGAAAUUGCGACUUUCGGUGGCCCAAAGAGCUCAGCUGCAGGAAUAAGCUGACGCGAAACCUUGAGACACCGACUCUUACUCACACCAGCGCAAGCACACGCACACUGUACCACACACACACAGGCGCAGGAGCAGCAGGAAGUGCAGACAACAUGAGUUCGCAAUACUCAAAUGUGGAGAACCUGUCGCCGCAGACGAUACGGCAGGUGAUGCGGGAGCUGCAGGAGAUGGAGACCACGCCUCCGGAGGGCAUCAAGGUGCUGAUCAAUGAAAGCGACGUGACGGACAUUCAAGCGUUGAUCGACGGACCUGCUGGCACUCCGUACACCGCCGGCGUUUUCCGCGUCAAGUUGACGCUGAACAAGGACUUCCCACAGACGCCACCAAAGGCGUACUUUCUCACCAAGAUCUUUCACCCGAAUGUGGCUGCCAACGGAGAGAUCUGCGUGAAUACACUGAAGAAGGACUGGAAGCCGGACCUGGGCAUCAAGCACAUUCUGCUUACCAUCAAAUGCCUGCUGAUCGUCCCAAAUCCGGAAUCUGCGCUGAACGAGGAGGCCGGCAAGAUGCUGUUGGAGCGUUACGACGACUACUCGCAGCGGGCACGCAUGAUGACCGAGAUUCAUGCCCAGCCCUCCAAAUGCGGUGCAGGCGCUGCUGGCGAUGCCAAAGACGACGAUGGACCCUCGACGAAGAAGCACGCGGGCUUAGACAAAAAGCUGCAGGACAAGAAAAAGGAAAAGUUGCUCAAGGAAAAGAAGCGCAUGCUGAAGAGAUUAUGAGAAUCAUAAGGCGGAGUUCUGUGGACUAGCUAAUCAUCCAGGAGCAGUAAGCAGUAGCAGGAAAUGACGGAUUCGAAAGAAUGGAUAGAUGAUAAGGGAAAAAAAGUGGAAAAGUGCGAGUGCUAACCCAAGAACCACUUGAAUGGCUGCAAUUAAAGGAGCAGGCGCGCUAUGAAAUUUUACACUGAUCUGAUACAAAAGGAAAAAAUUAUGCAACUGACAAAAGGAAGUCGCCGAUAAAACUCGGUAAAGAAACUGCGUCAUUUAAAGGCUAAUAUCGGUAUCGCAAGUUAAAGCUGCAAAAUAUCGGUAGAACGAGAGAGAGAUAGAACCACUCCAAAGAAAAGGGCAUCCAGUUACCACAUACGAUUAUUUAAACCACUUCUUUUGGUGACAGCACCUGUCAACCGAGCCUAGAACAUAAAAAACAAACAAAAACCAACAAAAAUCUACCAAGAGAAAUGGGAAAUGCAACCAUCUCCUUAGUAAUUUAUGUAGUUCUCUUUUCUUGAUGAUCAUGAGCUAUCCUAGCAUAAUUUAUGUAAUUAGAUUAAAGAAAAACAAGGAGAACAUUAUCGCCUCAUACAUGUCACCACCCAAACUCCCUACAAAAUCUCUCUAAAAAAGCAUCACCAAUUUACCUUAAUGAGCAUUAUUAUCGUUCACUUUGGGCCUGUCCUUACAUUGAGUAAUCCUCCGUCUAAUCAAUUGUUUUCAGAAAACAAUUGUCUAUUAGUCGCCGUAAUCGAUUGCAAAGUGUAUGGAUGGCUCUUAAAACUUAAGUUUAACCCUUUUAUUUGUGUGUCUUUUUAAAAUUGUAUCCAUUUAGUUUUAAGUUUAAUAAAUUUCAAUUCGUUACUUUUAA